CAAAUAUGGCUGCCUCCAGUCGAAAUGGAAUAGAAAUCUUGACGAUAUGAGAUUUUCUAUUUCCAAAUUUAUUCAAAGCUACAUUGAAGUUAACUGACAAUGUUUGAAUAGCUUAUUAAAAUGCCCUUAUUUAGAAGGAAAACAGAUAAAAGUAAAGUACCUCCAGAAGUAAAACAGUCAGGCAGUUUAAAGAGGACUCCAUCAAACAGAAGUAGAGACUUGUCUAAUGGCACUGUUUCACUAGGCCAGAUUCUUCCAGAUGAUGAACUGUCCAAAGAUGAAAAUUUUGAGUCGUUACACAAAAAAUCUUCACAACUCUGUAAAACACUUCAAGAAAUUCUCCACGACAAAAAUUCCUUGGGACACUUCAUACAGUUUCUUGAGGACAGAAAAGCCAGCAAGUUUCUUAGAUUUUGGUUAGAUGCUCAGAGUUUUAAGGCUUCCACAUGGAGUCGUAUAAGAAGCCUUGCAUUCAAAAAGAAGCAACAAAGUUCAAGUGAAAAAGAAAAAUGUGAUUCAGUGUGCAAUCAAGAAGAAUCUACACAAAAAUGUCAGCUUUCUGGUCUGUCUGAUGACCAACGAAUAGAUGGAUAUUCUGAAUGUGAUACUACAACCUCUGAAAAUGUUCAGAGUAAUGAUGACAACAUAUCUGUGAUAAAACCCAGUGCCAAAGAUUUAAAAGGGGAAGUAACUGAAAAUAUUUCACCUUCAGGAGAGUCAUUAACAAAUACUGAAGGGGAGGUAAUUCAGAAUGUGCCACCUUCUUGCCAGACUUUACUUAAAUCAAAACCUAUAACCGAUAGUGCUUGUGUAGAUAGUCAAAAAUGUCCAGAAUCUCCUAAUUCUGAUGUUUUUGAACCAAUUGUCAAAGACUCAGCAAUAAAAAGUCAUUCUACUAAAUAUUCCAGUCCAAGUUUGACAGAUAAAUUAAAAAAGAGUAUAGAAAAUGAUGCAGUUCAAAUUUUUUCCAAAUAUUUAUCCAAAGAUGCCACAGACCCUAUAGGAGUUGAUGAUGUACUUAGACAGGAAUGUAUUAGUAAAAUUUGUCGAGAAGAUGGAGAGGUUGAUCCUGAUUGUUUUGUUGAUUGUCAGGAAUUUUCAGUUUCCAAAAUAGAAUCAGAACACUUUCCUAGCUACAAUGGAAGUGAAUUUCACUUGAGGUACCAGAUUGAUCUGGUAACCAGUGGUCAUAUAUACCUCUCUGAUUUCCUGUAUUAUGAUCCUGCUUUCUUCUAUUUCAUGGAGUACAUGGAACAAGAAGGAGGAAGUAAUAUAUUACAGUUCUGGAUAGCUGUAGAAAAUUUUGAGAAACAUUUGAGGUCACAUGAAUCAGGUUAUGACGGCAUGCAGGCUCAAGCUGAUGCAAUGGUUCUUUAUGAUAAAUAUUUUUCACUACAAGCAACCCAUCCUUUAGGAUUUGAUGAUAAAUGUAGAUUUGAUGUUGAAUGUAAUAUAUGUCGAGAAGAAGGGCCUUUACCUGAUUGUUUCUCUAAGCCAAGAGAAAUGGUCUUAAAAACUAUAGAGAAGGUUUACUUUUCUGAUUUCCGUCGAAGUGAAAUAUUUUAUAAAUUUUUGUCUGAAUUGGUUGGUACUGUACAUUCCACAAGAGAGUUACCAAGGCAACGAAAACGUACUGAUAGUGAUGCUUCACAAGACAGUAGUACAAACAGUGGAGAGAGUGUACGGAGUACCACACGUAAUACAUUACUUGCAUCAGGUACUAGUCUUCCGCUGGGACGUGCAAUGAGAAAGUUUGAAAAUGAUAUGAACAUUGAUCCUGGUCUCCUGAAUCCUGAUUUAUUAUGGAAACGGGACAAUCCUAAAAUGGUAAUGGGGACUGUAGACGGGUUUGGACAGUUUAAAUCAGAAUUUGAUCCUCAUCCAGAUAAAGAUAAAGAAAAACCUAAAGGCACAGGGUUUUUCAGAAAAAGCAAAGAAAAAGAAAAGGAAGAAGAGGAGAUGGCGAUUAAGAUAGCUCAGAUGAUAAUCAGUGAUGUUACAUCUGUCACACAAACUAUUGGUGCAAUGAAGUCACAGUCUUUCAGCGACAAACCAGAGUCAUAGCAUUAUGUUUAUUGUUAUAUUAUAUAAUUUUGUAUUGUUGAUUUAGAUUUUUGAGAGCAUUUAAUCAGAUUGAGCAUGUUUGGUUAAAUUUUAUACACCAGUAUGUUUGAAUACGCAAACUGCAUGUAACCAUAAAGAAUUCAUGUGUGACCUUGGCAUUAAAGGCAUAUAUAUCAAUAUACUGCAAAGUGCUUCAUUUUCAUGGAAUUUAUGUUUUAGGAUUUUCAAGGCAAAACCUGUUUGCAAAAUUAUAUUUUUCUUUUUUCUUGUCUUCAUUUAUGAUCUGCCUUAUAGAUCAAAUUUAUGUUUGGAAUAAUUUUGCAAUUUUGUCUGAAUUGCAAAAUUAGCAAAAAUAAAGCCCUUGCAAAAAUUUUCUCUUGACAGUUUAAUAGAAGUAUAGAAACAUCAUUGAGACUAAAAUCACAUUGUUAAUCACCAACAAAUAAAAGUUUGCAUGCUUGUGAAAUAUUCAAAAUUUUGAAUUGUUGGUUCUUACAUAUUUUUAAAAAAAGAAUUACUUUAAAUUCAGAAAUUAUUGCGUGCAUUGAUUAUUGCGAUUUUUGAAGAAUGGACAAAUGUGCGAGAUUAAUUAUUGCAACUCAGGAAAAAUCUGCAUUGAUUUAUAUGUUUCAGAUAUUAGAAUACAAGUUCUUAUUGUUGCGUUAAUCACCAAGUCACAUUAUUCGCAUUAAGAAAACCCUCAAAAUGAUUUCUGAAUUUACAGUAACUCAAUUAGAUGGGUUCAUUCAAACAUAUCUGUUACACAAAAUAUGUUGCAUUAUGAACAUAUCAGCUACUCAAAAUAUGAUUUAUAUGGUCUUGUAUUCUGUAUUUAGUAGAUAUUUUAAAUUAAUCUAUGCUAGAUGCAUAAUGGUAUAUUUUCUAUAAAUCUGUGUGUUGAUAAGGUGUGUGAUAACUCAGGUUUACGUAGACUGAAUAUUCUGAAAUAUUUACCAAAUUUUAUCAAAGGAUCAUUCCUUGACAAAUCUAUCACUGGAUUGAAGGCUUGAUGAAAUAUGUUUCCUAAAGAUGAUUUUAACACAAUCCAGCAAUACAAGACAUACAGGAAAAGGCUGACAUAAAAUAAAAGUUAAAAAAUAACUUAAGUAUUUUAAUGCCUGCUGUUAUUAAGUUUUACAUGACUGUUGAUAAAAAGAUACAUUUGGAUUUUAGAAGAAUAUAUAAUUCUGGAGUAACAAGACUUAUUUAAGAUACUAAAUUGUACAUUUUCUAGUGUUGUACAAUAACUCAUGCAUGCCUUAACUAAAAUUAUUAAACUGCUCACUCAAACUAAAAAAUGGUCAUUGUAUGGUUUCUCUUGUUUAUGAUGGUCUUGGCUUUUAUAGCUCACUAAAUGUUGACCUUUUAUUUAGGAAAAAUUGUCAUCUUUCUCAAAUUGUUUUAUUGCGAAGGAAAUGAAACCUUUCCUCAGAAUCAGUUCAAAACAAUUUAUAAUGAAUGAUCGGUUUUUCAAGGAAAAAUUCAAAGUUUUCAUUGAAUGAACUCCACAGAGAAUAAUAGAUAUUGUAUUUAUUCAAUGGGACAAUUCAUUCUGCAAAAAAUUUAGAAAGACAGUCUCUGGGGUUGAGAGUUGUCUCAUUGGUAAUCAUACAACAUCUUAUUUUUAUAGAGGUAAACACCAAAUGAUUCUGGGGAAACUUUUCAUUUCCUUCGCAAUAGGAAUCCUCUAUUUUGAUUAAUACUCAUAUCAUGUUAUACAUGAUAUUGUUGAAUUUAAUGUUGGAAAAAGCUAUCACUAUCCGUACUGAGGAUUUUAUCAGUAAAUAUUCUUUAAUAAUAAUAUAACUUAUAUUAUUGUACCUUACAAUAUAUAGUAAUUAUUUGAUUGGCUAAUACGGAAUCACGUGUCAUAGUAUAAUUUCGAUGUUUUUCAAAAAAUUGCCAGGAGCAGUGAAUAACCCCAACAAAUUGAAGCCUCCAUCGAACAACCAUAUAUUAUUCCCUGGUGAAUAACCCUUGUCGUACCUCAAUGAACACGAGUUAACUCCCUUUAAAGUUUGACGUCACUUAAAGUCAGAUAAACAAAAACAAAUAUGUAUUCCACAGUACAAGGUUCGCGUUUUGGUCAUUCUGAUGAAAAUGCUUUGAACCAGUUGCUUGAAGAUAAAGAUGCUCAAAAUACUGAAAAGGCCACCAAAGCAGCAAUGAAUGUGUUUUUACAAUAUCUUUUGGCUGAGAACAGGGACAUCAUUGACUUUGAAACAGCAGUUAAAAAAUUCUAAAAUUUACAAUAUUUAACACUUAAUUGUUGUUUGGUACAAAAAUGUAUAAUAAAACAGUUAUGGCCCAUUGAGUCGAUGAAUAUCCAAAAUUGUCAACCGGAGUAAGGGUUAUUCCAUGAGGGCUUUAUUAAAACAAUGAAUUAAAUUAGAUAAUAAAAACUUAAAGACAAAAGAAACAAUGUACCAAUCUAAGAGUACAUGCAGUUAUUGAAAGAUAACGUAAAAGCAUGAUAUAUCAUGUAAUGAGAUAUUAACCUCAUCAGCGGGCCAUUUAUAUAUAAAUAACACAUAGCUGAGAGGGUGAUAGAGCAGAUUGUUACCCCGAGAAAACAUUGUCAAUUGAGGCGAAGCCAAGGUUGACAAUGUCUUUUCGAGGGGUAACAAUCUGCUCUAUCACUCUCUCAGAUAUGUAUUAUUUAAUUUAUUAUACUGAAUGUUCUGUUAUUACUGUCAAUUAAAUUACAAAUUCAAAGUAGUAAACUAUGUCGUCUUAUACAUAACAAUCAUCCAUAUUUUUCAAAGCACACACUUGAGCAAGCGUCUCCAUGAAAGGUAAUAGAGUAUUUGCCAUGGGAUAGAGUGAAUUGUCUCCCUCGUAUUAACCAAUCAAAAUCUGGCAUUUUGACAUGAAGUAUAAUAAAAUUGUAUAUUAACUUAUUAAAUGUUUUCUUGCUCUUAUUCAUACAAGUUUCAUAACAGUACUUUAUAUAUGCUGCCCCCAAUUCUCAUUUUGCACAAAAAUAAAAAGUAAAGAAAAAAGGAGGGUCCAUGCCCCCAGCAACGUUAUAUUGCUUCAUUGGUACUUAAUUUUGUUUGUAUUUUCCAUUAGCUGUUGUGAAAGUUAAAACUAAAUCUUGUUUAUUUCCAUCGUUACACAGACUGCAUGAUAAUUUGUAUCCUGUGAAUUUAACGCAUACACAGUAUUUUGUAAGAAUGCUUGAAAUUUGCUUUGAUUCUCAUGUUACCACAUGAGACUGUAUCAGGUAUAUGACAUUGACGAUAUGAAAUAUAUUUGUCAUAGAUUAUUAGUGUAUCAUGGGAGGACUCACUGUGAGUAUAAUGCUUACAAACGAAUAAUAAAAUAUGUAUGAUGUUGAAAGGUUAAUAUGAAAUAAUGAUGUUUUAAUUGAAAAUAAACUGUUAAAUUUCAUGUAUUGUUAUUAAUACAGAUAAUGUAAUAACAUGGUAUAUCAUGUAAAAUUUUUAUGCUAGAGAUUACAUUUAUAUUCAUAUAUGAGAAUUGUUGAAAAUAAAAAUUAAAAAAAAAUGAA